GUUUUGUUGCGGGAGCCGGGCCGGCGCUUUUCCCUAGUGACACCAGUGGAGGAGAAGAUAAGCGGAAGAAGCCCUCGAGAUCCGGGGUCCGCAAGAGUGCGAGCGGAGGGGGCGAUUCCCGUGAGGCUCUGCGGCUGCCGACCAUGGAACCGGCCCAGCAGCGGCUCUCUCAGGCGAUACAUGACCAUGGAAGCUAUGACUCUGAUUUUAGUGAUGAUGAAAACUAUGGAGAACCUAAGAAAAGAAAAAGAACAAUUAAUGAAGACUCAUUGCUCAAAAAGCCAUUUCAGAAGGAAAAAUAUACAAAAGUGGCUCAUAGGCAUGUCGCAGCAGAAGAGCUGGAUCGGGAAGAAGCAAGAAAUAGGAGAUUUCAUCUAAUAGCUAUGAAUGCUUAUGAAAGACAUAAGAAACUGGUGAAUGACUAUAUUUUAUAUUAUGGUGGUAAAAAAGAAGAUUUCAGGCGUUCAGGGGAAAAUGACAAGACAGACUUGGAUGUUAUAAGAGAAAAUCAUAGAUUCCUCUGGAAUGAAGAAGAUGAAAUAGACAUGACUUGGGAGAAGAGACUUGCAAAGAAGUACUAUGAUAAAUUAUUCAAAGAAUACUGCAUAGCGGAUCUUAGUAGAUACAAAGAUAACAAGUUUGGAUUUCGAUGGCGAGUAGAAAAAGAAGUAGUUUCAGGAAAAGGUCAGUUUUUCUGUGGAAAUAAACGAUGUGAUGAAAAGGAAGGAUUAAAGAGUUGGGAAGUGAAUUUUGGCUACAUUGAGCAUGGUGAAAAGAGAAAUGCGCUUGUGAAAUUAAGACUAUGCCAAGAAUGUUCCUUCCAAUUAAAUUUUCAUCACAGAAGAAAAGAAGUCAAACCAAAAAAGACAAGGGAUAAAACUGAAGGAGAUUGUGAAGACUCAUCACAUAAAAAAUCCAAAUUAUCUUCUUCAAAAAUGCAGACUUCCAAGAAAAAGAAGAGAAAAGAUCAUUCACCCUCAGAAAAAUCAGAAGGAUCAGAUAAUGAAAACUGUGAGGAGGAAGAAGGUACUUCAGAAGCAGAAUUGUGGAAAGGUCCCUUGCAGGAAACAGAUGAAAAAUCACAGGAAGAAGAGUUUGAUGAAUAUUUUCAAGAUUUAUUUCUGUGAAACAUCAAGGAUAGAGCCUUUAUUUCUUAAUGUGAAAAUCUUUCUUGAACCUUUUUUAAAUUAGAUUUCUAUGUUUUCUCUACCAAGUCAAAAUUUGAGUAGUUUCUCUUUAGAAAUAACUAAUCAUCCAGCUACAUCUGAUAGUAAUGUACUUUAUAUAGCACAUGAACUCUUACAGAGUGCAGUUCUGCAUAACUUGUAGAGCUAAUUAUUUCUGUAGAGGCUUAAUUCACUUGGCCACAGAGUCAGUUUUAUCACUGGUAAAAUUUGGACAAUUUUCAAGAUGAGAUGUGAUUUAUUUCAUCUUUGCAUGAAAUAAAUUUUUUUUGCAGAAAAAUAUGGGUUCACGUUACAUACUGGCCUUCUGAUAGGGACAAAUCAUUUAAUCUCUCAGCACCCCUACAUAAAUUUCUUAAGACUCAUGUUACGAGCAGAUAGAAAUCCGAAUUAGUAGAGGGUUUCCCUAUACUAAUAAAAUCACAUAUCUAGAAUUUACUGUAUUAGGAGACUCUGUAUUAUGAAACUAUGGGGAAGGCCUAUACUAAGUGUUUUUGCUGGUUUGGUUUAUUGCCGACAAAAAUAUCUUAUUACAAAAAUACUUCCUUUUAUUUCUCUUUCCAUGAAAUAGUCAUUUUCUAUAAAAGCUGAUUUUAUUCUGUUUAUGGGGAAGAAGAAAAGAGAGGGAAGCAAUUACUUUUAGUCCUUCUUUUCAUUCCUACUUAAGUUCCCAAACCAUUUACUUCAAUAAAAUGUAGCACAAAAAAUUUUACAAGCUUGGAGGUGGGGUGAAGAAAUUUGAAUGGUUCUCUUCACUUAGUAAUUUAUUUUGGAGAAUCAGAAUCUAUACCAAAACAAUAUUAAUUCAUGUUACAUAAUUCUGGUGUAUUUACCAAGUAUUUUGUCACAAAAUCCCAUUGAUGAAUGUUAGUACAACAUGGUUCUACUAUAACUACUAAAAUAUUAUAUAUGCAUAUAUAUUUUACCAAUUCAGACUGGUUUUCUCCUGUUGUAGUUACUCCAAAUUAUAAAAGUUUUAUUGAAGCAAAAUUAGGAAGUAAGUCAAGUCUGUCUUCUCCACACCCCACCUUAUUUCAUUUUUCAUGAUUCAUACCCUCAUAAUUUUGGCAUCCUCUUUUAGGCAACUACUUUUAUCCAGUCAGAGGACAGGUCUAGCAAUCUCCCACUUUAGGCUUACCUUUUCUUGCCUGACAUUCUCACUGUGUCUUUCCAAACUAGUACUAAGUGGAAUUUGUUGCAAUAGAAUUUAGUUUAUAAAAGUCAUAGGACACUGAGAUCCUAUGUACAAAAUUAUUGCAGUUAUAUAUUUCAAACAUUAGCUAUAGUCUUGGCCUCCAAGUGCUUUCCAAAGUUCUUGCCUCUGAGAAGACCAUUUAUAUAUACUGAGAGAAUUUAACUAAAUAAGUUAUAUAUAGACACAUUUUUGGAUAUAGUAAUACAAACAACCUGUAAAAAAAGAGUAAGUUAGUAAAUAAUUUAUGGAUAGUAAUGGGGAUAUAGGUUAGAAGUAAUCACAGAAUUCAAAUAGUUUUAUUGAAAUGUAUAUUGAUACAUUAACUUUUAAAGAUAAUUUUAUAGAGUUGAGUAGUUAUUAUGAUAUUAAACCAUGAAAUAUGUAAUAGAAUCUUUUUUUAAGGGUCACUAUAGACAUUUAUUUAAUCAUCAAGAUACUAUGGAAGAGAAUAACAUGGAUUAUGCAAUUUGUUCUAUGCCAUUCAGAAGAAGUAAAUAAUCCAUUCUUGGGUUAAUUACUAUAGCAUGUGGUCUAUGUUAUAUUAAAUGAAUUCUCUAUUUAAAUUACUAAUGAACAUAAUGAUAAAUAUAAUGAUAAAAAUGUGUUUUUUGAGAAUGGAAAGGAUGUGACAGAUUUGUUAAAUAACAGGAAUAAGCUAUAAAUAGUUGAAUAUAUACAAUAAAAAUAUUUUCAUAAGAUUAUUUUCAUUCCUUGUAUCUUCAGUACUGAAAAAGAGAACACAAUUCCUAUAGUAACUAAUUGAAAAGCAUAACGGAAAAGAUGAUUUUUAAUAAAUUGUGUGUCAUAGAUAUAGUUUUUAAAUGAAAAAUAUUUAGAUUUGGAAAUAAAUUUAAUGUUAAUUGGAUAAGAAGGUGGAGCCAAAGUGGCAGAGUAGGAAGAAGCAAUACUGAGUUCCCAUUCACAAAACUACUUAGAAUAGAUCUAGAAAAUACACCAAAUUGAAUCCUGAGAAGGAAAUUCCAAAAAAGGUAGCCCUUGAGUCCAUCACAGGAAGAAAGACAAGUCUAUGGAUACAGUGGAUGGAUCAGUCAAAGAACUCAAAAUGCAAGGAACUACAGCACUCAGAAAGAGGCUGUAUACCAUGGCAAGAAGAAAUCCAAGACCCAUUAUCCAUAUACUCCCAGAUCCAAAUUAAGACAUUAAAAUGGAGACAGUGCCAACUGACACAUUUGUCACCUACAAGCAAAUCUGGGUCAUAGAUCCCUGCUCUGAGAGGGCAUUCUUUGAUGAAUAGGCCCUGGGUGGUUUGUUGAGAAAGGAGAAUAUUUAGAAAGGAGCAGCAGCUAUAUAGCUCAGUCCAUAGGAUACAGCAGGAUCUCAGGCCUGCAUCUAACCCAGCCUUCAGAGAUAUAAUUAGGGCAAGAAUCCCAGGCCAAUCCAGCAUGCACUUCUACCACUUUGAACUAGCAGAACUUCUAAUUAAUGAGUCUGAGUCUUUCAUUCUACUGUUAUUCGGGAAUUAAAACUCAGGCCAAGGAAGUAGCAGACUUUGUCCUGAAUCAGAGCAUCUUAGGAACAUUGAAAGCUUGCAAUUUCCCAGCAUGUCCCUUAGGUUCUGGAAUAACACAACCCUGCCAAAAACAAACAAACAAACAAACAAAUAUCAAAAAGAACAGACCAAACCUCUCCAUAAGUGCUACAAAGCCCAGUCUUAACACCAAAUCUAAAGUCAGAAAGUAGGCUGGAAGAAUAGGCAAACAAACAAACAAAAGAAUCCCACCAUAAAAACUUAUUGUGGUGGUAGGGAUGCUUAAGACUCAAAUGCAGAAAACUCCAAAACAUCUACAAUCCAAGCUUCAAAGAAAACAACUUGAGUACAAACUUAACUAAAAUUAAGAAACAUUUGGAAAAGGAAUUUUUUUUUUAAAUAAUUAUAACUUUUUAUUGACAGAACCCAUG